UGCCCGUCCGUUCUACCCAGUCUGCCCGUUUUCCCGCCAUGUUGCACCUUUGACAGAUUUACGGCGGCGGUUAGACCUCAUUAUCACUACAAUUAAUAGUAAUGAUAACCGCCGUAUAUCAUAAAUCCUGUCCCGGCAUAUCCCUCAACGCACGGCGGGGGAGAGACGGGUUUGAUUACGUUUUACGACUUUCUGUGGUCCCAGGACCAUAUGAUUAUCUCGAAGGCCUCAUCACACCCAACAACUCAAAUGUGUGCCAUGUAAGGAUAGAUCGACCGGUAUUCACAUAGAAGAAUCUCCAUGAAACGAAGACCGUAUGUGACAAAGCUCUAUCUCAGAUCUGUUCAGAAUAGCACACAAGGUGACCUGUCCCUGAGUAUUCAAUUUAGACAUCUCGAAGUGGAAGUAAUUUCGCGUGAUUUUUCAUCAGCACAGAGCUCGGCAGGGUUAUGGAUUAUGUAGAGCGAAAGCGGGGCAAUAAAAUAUUGAUCAUAUUCGCUGCUCCCAUAACCCCACAGAGGGAUGGGGGUGCUCGGGCUGGGUAUGAUUAAGAUGUACAACGCGUGCUCGAGCUGUCAAUCAUUUUUACUUUUAAUCCUGGUCCCGCGAUGCUGGAGGAGAUACUGCCAUGUCAGGAUUGUGGCGUUUCUAUCAUCACCGUGUAAAAUAUAAGCGGGAUAUCUGUUUAUUGUCAGGCAAAUGCGCCUAAUGUCCUAUUUGUGGACUGCAAAUUAAGUACAUUUGGCGAGCCUGACAAGUUUUCACUGCAAUAAGUGCCUAUUUACGCGCGGCAAUCAGGCCCUAUUUACGGCCGAUGGUGUGAUUUCCCCCGGCGAGGGAGCGCAGCAAUCGAAUCACAAGAAAAGUCCUGAAAAAAGCGACCAAUCAGAAGGCUGGACUCCAGCGAGAUUGACAGGAGUGCGGGUCGAUCCGGCGUUUGGAUGAGCAGCCACGGAAAGCUGACUUGCUCGCUCAUGUAUACAUGCUGCACACGGGUGCUGGCUUCUGAGGGGAAAUUGCAGGUGGGAACGAUGGAAACUGGGACUACUAUGUGAUGGUAAUCAGCUUAUUUUCUAACGCGCUUCCUUGCCACAGAGCAAGCAUGGAGAAAGAAAAACGCGAACUGUUGUCGGACCAAGCUUAGGCUGAGUUAACUCUGUUCGGGACGCGAGAAGUGUUCAGAAGGCGACAAAGAUGUCCAAAUUUACCGUUACGCCGUGGACGCUGCUCUUGAUUCUCCCCGUGGCGUGGAUAGUCGUCAGCUCGGCGGCAGGGGCGCUCCCCACCUGCCCGACGGUCUGCAAGUGCCGCUGCAACAACGUCACUCUGCUCUGCUCGGUGGAGUGCACGUACCAAAACCUACAGACGGUUCCCACAGAGAUCCCGCGGACCACGACUUCCCUCAACCUGGCCGCUAACGACCUGACUGUUAUAACUGACGACUCUUUGGCCAGGUACUCCAUGGUACACUCCAUAUGGCUUAGCUACAACAAUAUACAGACCAUAUCGGACAUGGCCUUCAUGCGACUAGGAGCGCUGAGAAAUCUGGACUUGGGAAACAACGAGCUAAAAGAAUUUCCGUGGGAGUCAUUGCAAUAUCUACCUGGACUACAGCUAUUCAAACUUAACAACAACAAGUUAACGUACAUUCCGAUUGAAGCUUUUAAUCGUAUGACCAAGCUGCGCUCUCUGAGGAUACACCAUAACGAAAUAACAGCUCUACCCUCGGGUGCCUUCGACCGUAUGAACUCUCUCUCACAUUUGCUUCUCCACGCCAACCCAUGGCACUGUAACUGUGGGGUACAAUGGUUAGCCGACUGGCUGAAAACAACGAACGUCGACGUUCAGCAGCGUAAGGACAUCACCUGCGCCACACCUGCUGAGCUACACGGAGAGAGAGUCGAUCAAGCCGAGGAGCUACCAUGUAAAGCUCCCACGGCACGGGCCUGGGCCAUCCCCAAAGGUGUAAUCCCCGUAGAGAGCAGAGUAUAUCUCCACUGCGCUAUAGAUGGGGACCCGCUCCCGACCGUCAAGUGGAUAACUCCUGCAGGGACGGUGAGACCCAAGGAUGAGGGUACGGACAGGAUGAUAGUGCUGCGGUCGGUGCAGUACAGAGACAGAGGAACGUACAUCUGUGUCGCUACAAAUCCCGCAGGAUCCGUCAGCUCCAAGCUGAUCUUGACCCUCACGCGAGAUCCUGUACCGGUUGUUGUGAAGACGACUCCGACCCCCGAGGUGGCUACGACGUCGAGCAAACCCGCGCCAACACCCGCCGGGACUCCGCCUAAAGGUCCCACAGAGAAGGGAGCUGUUAGCCCCGGCGGGAAACCCUUGGCUCCUACCUUGUCAUCGGCCACAACUGUUCCAACGCAAGGUGGUGGUGUUAUCCCCACCCGACCUUCUGGAAGAAUUGUACCGCAACCAACAGUACCAAAACCACAAACAACUACUAAAGUUCCUGACAUUUGCUCAGAAUUUACAUCUCAAGGGUCGAACUUACAAAUGACUACCGACUUAGAACUGUCUAUUGUCAAAGUGUCAACGGACGAAGCAACAGUUCGAUUUGGGUGCACUCUAGAUUGUGCACGGCCUCCGUUUUGUGCGAACGUGACAAUUCUCGAUGAAAACUCGAACCGAACCAUCUCCAAGCUCCUGGCGGUGGAAGUCGGGGGAGGGUCCGACCACCAUCUACAGCACCUGCGGCCUGGAACAAUGUACAGGCUUUGUGUUUCAAGCAAGGUGUGUACCACGUUUUCAACUCUACCUGGCAAGACGUACAUGGAAGAGAUGUUAGGACCGAUCAUAGUUGGUACUUUUCUGUGCGGGAUGGCAAUCAUAACACUAUCUGUGGCCAGCAUUCACUACGCUAUCAUCCAGUGUCGAAAACCGAAGGUUGUCAUAAAAACAGAAACGGAUGAAGAGGAAGAAGAAAAUGGCGGCAGUCUUUGCGGUUUCUUGAGCAUUUGUCGGCGGCGGCUCGGAGAAGCACAGCCCGACGUCAGUGGUAGCAGACCAAACGUAAACGUGAGACCGAGAUCAGACUGUGUCACUUUGGUGGACAAUGUUUACGAGAACAGGAAUUCGUAUGUUGACGAUCCCACUCUAGGCGGGCAUCGUAACGCGGCUCUUCGGUCCUCAAUGAUGAGCUCGCCCGACGACAGCGAUCCCAAAGCAACAAUGAGAAAACAUCUACAACGAGAGGACACCAACCGCAUGUCGGAGCACAUCUACGAGGACAUAGAACCCGAGCUGUUGGGUGCUACAGCUGCACCCAUCGUAAGAAACGACGAAGAUCUCUCAGACGAGGAAGGAAACCUUGGAAUGCGCGCCUCAAAAUCUCGAAGAAUUCCUCGCGCCAAGACGAUGGCUUCUUUCACACAGUAUCAGUACUGUCGGCUGAAGCAUUCAAAGAGUACAAACUUUUGAGA